AUGGUAACGUUGGAGUUGGGUGGACGGGGACCCGCGAUUGUCACAUCUUCGGCGGAUAUUAGUUUGGCAGCCAAGAGAAUUGCUCAUGUAAAGUUUAUGAAUGCUAGACAGAUCUGCCGUUACUACACGCGUCUUUAUAACCUCCUCGAAAAGACACAGGGCAAAAUUGUCUACGGCGGCAAGCGUAACCCUAAGACGCGCUUCUUUGCACCUACUAUUAUUAACGGCGUAACCACCAACAACUUACUCCUCUCGGAGGAACUAUUUGGUCCCAUCCUGCCCCUAUUAGACGCUACCCUUAAGCAGGCUAUUUCCUAUACCGUUAAGCACGACUAUCCCCUCGCCCUAUACGGCUUUACCUCCUCCCAAGCAGAGAAGGAUCAGAUUCUGCGUCUUAUAAACUCCGGUGGUGUGUGCUUUAAUAACGCUAUUCUGCACAUGCUCGUUAAGGAUGCCCCCUUCGGCGGUGUUAGUGCCUCCGAAAUGGGUGCGUACCACGGCCCCUUUGGCUUCCAAGAAUUUACGCAUCUGCGAACAGUAGUCAAUGUCCCCGGGUGGAUGGAGCUGGUUCUGAAGGACUGA